UUUGGCACGGAGCGGGUUUGCCUUGAUGUAAAACAGUCGGGUUUGCGCUGAAGAAGGAAGAGAAUGCACUUGAUCAUCCAGAUCCAACAACUUAACAUGUAGUGCCUCUUCGGAUCUUUGUAGGUGCAAUAUGAAGCAUGGAAGAAGACGAUGUUACCAUCAGAGAGCAGAAUUUCCACAGCCAAGUUCGCGAGUACAUUAUAUGCUUUCUCCUGUUUGCUGUUCUCUACAUUGUCUCAUACUUUAUCAUAACACGAUACAAGAGGAAAACUGAUGACCACGAGGAUGAAGAUGCUAUUGUCAACAGAAUAUCAUUGUACUUGUGCACCUUUACCCUGGCUGUGUCAGGUGGUGCCGUCUUCCUACUGCCUUUCUCAAUCAUCAGUAACGAGAUCCUUCUCUCUUUCCCCAAAAACUACUACAUUCAGUGGCUCAAUGGCUCGCUCAUCCACGGACUGUGGAACCUGGUGUCUCUUUUCUCCAACCUCUGCCUUUUUGUCCUGAUGCCCUUUGCUUAUUUCUUCUUGGAGUCUGAGGGGUUUGCAGGAUCUAAAAAGGGCAUAAAAGCACGCAUUCUGGAGACUUUUGUCAUGCUCUUCCUGUUGGCUCUGCUCAUCCUGGGUAUUGUGUGGGUAGCAUCAGCACUCAUAGACAAUGAUGCAGCCAGUAUGGAGUCAUUAUAUGAUCUUUGGGAAUUUUACCUACCCUAUCUUUAUUCUUGUAUAUCUCUAAUGGGAGGACUGCUUUUACUUUUGUGCACUCCAGUGGGACUGUCUCGGAUGUUCACCGUCAUGGGACAGUUGCUAGUGAAGCCAACAAUCCUGGAGGAUCUGGAUGAGCAGAUUUACUGUAUCCAUUUGCAGGAGGAAUCGCUUCAGAGGAGAUUGAACGGGUCUUCCAUCCAUCCCACAUAUACCAGACCUGGCUUUGCCUACCAGCUCCACAAAGAACUGGACAAUGUUAGAAAUCAGAGGAAUAAACUGGAGAGAAGAAAGAAAGCAUCGGGUUGGGAAAAGAACUUGUUGUAUCCUAUGGUCAUGCUCAUUCUGCUUAGUGGAACGACAAUCUCUGUUCUGAUGGUGGCAUUAAAUAUCCUCUAUCUUCUGGUGGAUGAGACUGCAAUGCCCAAAGGAUCCACAGAUCGUGGAAUUGGCAACACCUCUCUGUCUACAUUUGGUGUGGCUCAAGCUGUGCUGGAGAUUAUCCUCAUGUUCUACUUGAUGGUGUCUUCCGUUGUUGGCUUUUACAGUCUACGAGUCUUUCAGGGACUUACUCCAAGAAAGGAUGAUACAACCAUGACAACGAUUAUUGGUUGUUGUGUGUCCAUCUUGGUCUUGAGUUCAGCAUUGCCAGUCAUGUCCAGAACAUUAGGUAUUACCAGGUUUGACCUUUUGGGAGACUUUGGGAGAUUUAAUUGGCUGGGAAACUUUUACAUUGUUUUGUCAUACAACAUGCUGUUUGCAGUUGUCACAACACUAUGCCUUGUGAGAAAAUUCACCUCUGCAAUACGAGAGGAGCUCCUGAAAGCAUUAGGUCUGGAUAAAUUACAGCUGUCAAACAGCCCAACAGACCCGGAAUCUGGGAAGCUCUCUGCAAACGGGCAUCAGAAAACUCUGUGAAAAGGACAUAAGAUCAACAGCAUGUUCACACACACACACACACACACACACCUUAGCACAGCCAAAGGGAGAUUUCAACAGAACUGCCUGUCUGCUGAAAGGUAAAGGGAUUGGAAAGAACUUAAUAAACCCAGGCAGUGUCUGAUGGAUGCUGCAAAUGGAGGCUGAGAGCAAUUUAGCUUCAUGACAUUCCAUCGCCUGCAUCUUGGAUGGAGCUGGGACAGAGCCAGGAGGAGUGAAAAAGACUGGCAACACUGCAGUAACCUUGACGUUGACCUCAAUAGGAACGGUGACUUAAAACACUUUUCUGGCUUUUCAAAUAAUCCCCUUCUGCUCAACUCCUGUUUGGUUCUCCCUCUGCUCCUUUCAAGUGGCUAGAGCAGGUGAAAUAAUGCACCUUCUGUGAUGGAGAAGUUCUCCCAUAUUUCCAUUGGUCUGUCAUGAAUGUGGGAACUCAAAACAGGUAUGUCUCCAAAUUCAUGUUUUUAUUGAUUUCCCAAUUUUGCUUCACGCAAUUGUAAAACAUGUAUAGCUUAUAGAUUGGUCUUGUAGGUCUUAUUUUUUAUGGCUGUAGCCAAGACUGGUUGUAACGUAAGAUAGUGUUUAAAAUAUAGAACUUGAGGGACAUGUCACUGAGCAGUAAUAAAUGGUAAUCUGAGCUUGUUUUGUUUAUUCUUAAAGUUGGACUACCAACAUUUUAAUAUGCAUCAGUUGCUAUUAUAUUUGUGCAUCAGCUUUUAUUGACAGAGCUGACGUAAAAUCUGUUUUUAUCUGAUUUGUAAAUGUUGUAUUUACAUGUACAUAUAUUCUUUUCAUACCUCUUUUGAGCUUCUGGAUGUAAAAUAGGGAUUUUAAUUAAGUACAAAGAUUUUCUGUCAUGUAAAUCUUGUUUUAUAACAUCUUGUACCUUAAUGCAGCAUUUUCAGAAAAGGGUUAGUGAGUGCUUGAUUGCAGAGACUAGGUAACUCAGGCUCCAUGUAUUUGUUGUAUAGCUGCAUUAUAAUGAACUGUGAUGUUUUCAGUGUCCAGUACCACCUUGAAUGCCUUAAACUGUCUGUGAAUCUGUAGUCAGCUCAUUGUUGAAGUUGAUGAAGGUUGUAGUCGUCAUGUGUCGUAUGGUAUGUCUAUGUGAUGUGAGACAGUUCCACUGUGAUGCCCCUGUAUGGCAAGUUUAAAGGUACAAUGACUUAAAUAUGCCCAAUAAAUAUCCCUUUUUUUGUAUUAUAACAGUCUUUUUCACAAUUUGCAGGGGGCCUAUAAAUUAACCUUUUUGGCCAAUGUCCUGCCUUUAAAAUGGGAGGAUGAAAACAUAAGAAAAUAUAAAUGAUCAGUAAUGAAUUAAAGCUGCAUAAAACAGUCUUUUUGAGUUUACUAUUUUGAUACUUGGGCUUGGCUAAAACCAGCACUACCUGGGUAGAGGCAGAAAUGAACUUUUGAAUGUUAUAAAUUUUUGAAAAAAGUUUGCCAGCACAUAAAUCAAACAAAAAUAUUACCCAUGAUAUCAUCAGAGUUGCCAGUAAGCAGUCUAUGAAGACAUCAAUUUAUUGAUUGGCCAGAUAUACAUUAUAUACACAUAUUUACAGAUAUAAAUCUCAAAUUUCGUAUCUUUGAUGGAUUAAUGAUUAUUAAUACUGAUAAUUAGAGCUAGGUGAGAGAGCAUUUUUAUUGGAGUUCCUGUGCAUAGUAUACCAGAAAACUGGGACCACUUGUAUAGUAGCACUUUUCUAUGCUAUUUUGUCCCACAGAUAAAAAAAAAAAAGUUACUAAAAAUACAUGACUUUCUUUGUAUUGCCAAUGAGAAAUAUGUCGCCCCCCCCCCCCCCCCCAAACCUAAAAUAGCUGAGGAAUGCAAUUGUGAACUGCAUUGAUUGUUAUCUCCUAAAAUAAAACCCAGUAGCACUCAUGUUAUGGUAACAGUCAUUUCUAAUCCUUAAUUUUAUGUUUACUGUCAAAAAGCAGCAGCAGCAGCUUUUGUCAUUAUUAAUGUAACCUUUGGUAUAUGUUCUGUGUAUGUUUUUUGUUUGUUUGUUUGUUUGUUUUUUUACAUUUCAUGUAAAUAAAUUGUAUGUACCUGUAAUUUUUUUUUACGGUCUCUGUGUUUGCAAAUAAAGAAAUCUUGCAACCAU